AAUUGCGUAUUGCACCUAUUUCAAAGUUUCGCAACUUUUGCUUCCACAUUCGGAUAAGACGAGACCGUUCGCCAUUUCUUGGAUCACGAUUUCGACAACCUAACUAAAAGAUAAAACGAGUGCAGAGACGAACACACAACAAUUUCGGUUUUUACCAUAGAGCCAUGAUUUUUGCUUCUGCUUGUGUUGCGGUCCUCCUGGCCAAUGUUGACUCGGUCGUCGGGCUAACCCGAUCUCCCAUGACUAUGGGAACCGGAAACUCCUUUGGGCGUACCUUUCGUAUCUCUACAUGGGGUGAAUCCCAUGGAGGAGGCGUCGGUGUGACUCUGGAUGGAUGCCCUCCCCGUAUUCCUUUGUCGAGAGAAGAGAUACAAAAGGAUUUGGACAGGCGUCGUCCGGGUCAGUCUCGCAUCACAACCCCCCGCAACGAAGCCGAUUCGGUCGAAAUCAUGUCUGGUUUGAACCCAGAAGACAUUACCCUAGGCACUCCGAUUGCCAUGUUGGUUCGCAAUAAGGACCAGCGAUCGCAAGAUUAUCUKGAAAACGACAUGAAUGUUGCCUACCGACCAUCCCAUGCCGAUGCAACCUAUGAUUCCAAGUACGGUGUCCGUGCCAUUGCGGGUGGAGGUCGUUCUUCCGCCAGAGAAACCAUCGGUCGAGUUGCUGCCGGCGCCAUCGCUAGAAAAAUCCUGAAAAUGUACAACGGGAUCGAGGUAUUGGCCUACGUUUCUAAGGUACAAGACAUCAAGGCCGAAAAUGUUGACCACGACACUUUUACCAUGGAGGAGGUCGACGCGAACAUCGUUCGAUGUCCCGACGAAGCAAGUGCCGAAAARAUGUUGGCACGCAUUGAUGAGAUCCGAAAGGCAGGAAACUCAAUCGGUGGUGUCGUCACUUGUGUUGCCCGAAAUGUUCCCGCUGGGCUUGGAUCUCCUGUUUUUGACAAGCUCGAAGCAGAUCUUGCCAAGGCCUGCAUGUCGAUUCCCGCUGCAAAGGGUUUCGAGUCUGGUGAUGGAUUCGAAGGUACAUUGUUGUCCGGAAAGGAUCACAACGAUGAAUUUUACAUUGACCCCGAGACAGGUGCAACCCGAACCAAAACGAACAGAUCCGGAGGUAUCCAGGGAGGAAUUAGCAACGGAGAGAAUAUUGUGGUCCAUGUAGCCUUCAAACCAACAUCCACUAUUGGACAAGCUCAGGUAUGCAGAUCCAAGAUAACACUUUUGUAUCCUGUUGAAAAGAUUAUUUUUCAUUACAACGUUUGAUAUUGAAUAUCUACACAUCUCACUCAUACUUGUUUUGUGUCAUUUUUAACCAGGCUACUGUAACACGAGAUGGAAAGGAGGUCGAGCUCCGUGGAAAGGGUCGCCACGAUCCAUGUGUUUUGCCGCGUGCGAUUCCAAUGGUAGAAGCCAUGGUCGCUUUGACCUUGACGGAUGCUCUCAUGAUGCAAAAGGCGCAGUGCGAAUUAUUACCCAACGAAGCUCCUUUCGAAUCUCAACCGAACCCCAUGGGCUCAACCGUGGAGGGACGAGGGGAAGUUGGAUUGGUAACSGCCGAAGGUGAUGCCUUAAGCCAGCGCGUAGACGAAGAGUAAUAGCGCCAAUAUUGUACCUCGGUAGUGUUCCUAGAUGCCUGAACCAAACCUGACGGGUAAAUUGUAAAAACUAAUUCUCUAUUCGAAGGAAAUACAGUAUAAUCCACUUU